GUCCAAGUCUGGCCGGUCUCUUGUCAGCGACUUCCCAACCAACAACGCCAGGCACUCUGAAUUGCUACGGCGCCGCCUCAAUAUACGCGCGUGUUUGAUUAUCCUUUACGACAACAACUGCACCGGACGCGCCUUUGAGGAAUAUUGCAUACCCGCGGCGAUAAUUGAAGGUAGACUCCAGUGCUGGUACUCGAGGUGGAGCACAGCCACUCGUAGCCUCAUCCUCAUCAUCAUCGCCGUCUCGCCCUCAUAGCAAGGCCCCUCUUCGAGGCACGUGCAGAGGCAGACAUACAGGCAGACAGUCUUUAGCAAAGACGCAUCCAAGCCUGUUGGUGCACGGUUUGCGAGGUCCUGUUCGACUUGUAUCCCCACGACUUGGACUUGUCGCCAAACAAGCGCCCGAAACAUCAUGGCCGACCUCCCGGCCCAGCCCAACCUGCGCGUGACUAUCAUCGCCGCCGACGGCCUUUACAAGAGAGAUGUCUUCCGAUUUCCCGAUCCCUUCGCCGUAGCCACCAUCAAUGGCGAGCAAACAAAGACGACAGGCGUCAUCAAGAAGACGCUCAACCCCUACUGGAAUGAGAGCUUCGACAUGAGAGCCAACGAAGAGAGUAUCCUCGCGGUUCAAAUCUUUGACCAGAAGAAGUUCAAGAAGAAGGACCAGGGUUUCCUCGGUGUUGUCAACGUUCGUGUUGGCAGUGUCGUUGACCUGGACGCUGGUGGUGAUGAAAUGCUUACCCGUGACCUUCGCAAGAGCAACGAUAACCUUGUUGUUAACGGCAAGCUGAUCCUCAAUCUAUCGACCAACCUUCGUCCCGCCGCAACUCCGGCCGCCGCCGCCGCUGCACCCGCAAGACCUAAUGGCGCUGCCUCAUCAACCACCCUAGAUGCUCCUCCUCCAGCAAGCGCCCAACGCCAGGCCAGUACAUCAGCCGAUACGUCAGCUCCUCGCACCGCCGGAUUCAGCGCCUUCGAGGAUUCACAAGGUCGUCUACCUCCGGGAUGGGAACGAAGAGAAGACAAUCUUGGACGUACAUACUACGUCGAUCACAACUCCAGACAGACAACGUGGGUUCGUCCGACAGCGAACUUCAACGCUGGCGAACAGCGCCAGGCCAACGAAGCAGAGACACAAGCGCAGCGCGCGCGACACCAGAACCGUAUGCUGCCUGAUGAUCGCACGGGCGCCAGCUCGCCAACACUCUCUGGCGGUCAAAACUCUCCACCCAACGGUCCUGCCGGAACUUCAAACCCUCAGGCAAUGUCAAUGAUGGCCACUGGCACUACUACUGCUGGUACUGGGGAACUACCUGCUGGCUGGGAACAACGCCAUACGCCUGAAGGUCGUGCUUACUUUGUCGACCACAACACGCGUACCACCACAUGGGUCGACCCCAGGAGGCAACAAUACAUCCGCAUGUAUGGUCAAAACGCCGCCGCCGGGACCAUCCAACAGCAACCUGUUUCGCAGCUUGGUCCUCUACCCAGUGGCUGGGAAAUGCGUCUUACUAAUACCGCCCGUGUCUACUUCGUUGACCACAACACCAAGACAACUACCUGGGACGAUCCUCGCUUACCCUCAUCACUCGACCAGAACGUACCGCAGUACAAGCGUGACUUCAGACGCAAGCUCAUUUACUUCCGUUCUCAACCCGCCCUCCGUAUCCUGUCUGGACAAUGCCACGUCAAGGUCAGACGUUCUCAUAUUUUCGAAGAUUCAUAUGCCGAGAUCAUGCGUCAAAGUCCCAAUGAUUUGAAGAAACGACUGAUGAUCAAGUUCGAUGGUGAAGACGGUCUCGACUAUGGUGGUCUCUCCAGAGAGUUCUUCUUCCUGUUGUCUCACGAGAUGUUCAACCCCUUCUACUGUUUGUUCGAGUACUCGGCCAUCGACAACUACACACUACAGAUCAACCCUCACUCAGGAAUCAACCCGGAGCAUCUUGGCUACUUCAAGUUUAUUGGACGUGUAGUAGGUCUUGCCAUCUUCCACAGACGCUUCUUGGAUGCCUUCUUCAUUGGUGCCUUCUACAAGAUGAUUCUUCGCAAGAAGGUCAGUCUUGCCGAUAUGGAAGGUGUUGAUGCCGACUUCUACCGCACCUUGAGCUGGACCCUGGACAACUCUGUCGAGAACGUCAUUUUCGAACACUUCUGUGUUGAGGACGAGGUCUUUGGCGAGAAGGUCACUAUUGACCUUAAGCCUGGUGGCAGAGAUAUUGAGGUCACCGAUGACAACAAGAGAGAAUACGUUGAGCUUGUCACGGAAUGGAGAAUCCAGAAACGUGUUGAAGAACAGUUCAACGCCUUCAUUCAAGGUUUCCACGAGCUCAUCCCAUCAGACCUUAUUAAUGUCUUCGAUGAGCGUGAGCUUGAACUCCUCAUUGGUGGUAUUUCCGAGAUCGACGUCGAUGAUUGGGCCAAGAACACCGACUACCGUGGUUACGACGAGAAGGAUCCCGUCAUUCAGAACUUCUGGAAGUGUAUCCGCACAUGGGACUCUGAGCAAAAAUCUCGUCUAUUGCAAUUCGCAACCGGUACCUCGCGUAUUCCCGUCAACGGUUUCAAGGAUCUUCAAGGAAGUGACGGCCCCCGCCGCUUCACGAUCGAAAAGUCAGGCGAGGAAGGUCAACUCCCCAAAUCGCAUACUUGUUUCAACCGUCUGGAUCUGCCGCCGUACAAGACCUACGAAGCACUCAACGCCAAGCUUCUAUGGGCCGUCGAAGAGACCGUCGGAUUCGGACAAGAGUAGAGAGAGAAAGGAAAGGCACGGGAAAGACAGUGCAGGGUUUUCAUUAUUCAUUAUUCAGUUGGCUAGGAACACGGUAGAGCUGAGCUGAGCUGAACAAAGACAGAAAUGGGAGGAAGGUUUUUAUCAUGCAUGCUCGAUUGAUUUUGUGUUUUCUCGUUAACGUUACAAGAUUCAAGAGAUUGCAAAUGUGGAAUAUGUUGAAUGCUUGUCUCAUUCUCAUCUUGGAUCGUUGCUUCAGUAAGGGAAGGAAGGAAGUUGCAUUUUUCCCUUUGCACAAUCGCUAGCUCAAACUCGUUUCCUUUUUGGUAAUUACCAGGCAGGGUGAGCUCUCAACAGCAC